UGAGACAUCAUCUACUCACACGCGAUCUCCGUCACACGCCCAGCCUCAGCACCAGUGCUCGGCGUCUCCGUGGGCUUUUCUCGCCCUCCGUCCUCACCGUGAACACCAGACGCCGUGGGAGGGGAUGAGGCCUUCAUGAGACGGUCGAACCCGCCGCGGGACCUGGUUCUUGUGCAGCCUCGGCCGGCUCCUCGCGCUCCGUUAUGUCUUUGAGCCUGCUCCCCCUCUCGCCAUGCCCGCCGCGCGCCGCCGCUCCUCCUCCUCCACCUCCUCCUCCUCCUCCUCCUCUUCCUCACCUCCUCCGCUGCUGCUGCUGCUCCUUCUGCCGUCGCUGCUUCUGAUUUCGUGCCUGGAUGAGGCGGUGGGAGCAGCGGAGGAGGGCGGCGGCCUGCCCUCCUCCUCCUUCUCCUCUCCCGGGGACAAUAGCCUCGGUGCCGCCGUCGGAGAGCCCACCGCCCCGGGCACAGUGAUGGGCCCCUCCGCCCUGAUGGCAGAGCCUCAGUUCGCCCUCAAGGUCCUGGUGCGGGACCAAGUGACCAGACAGCCUCUGUCAGGGGCCUCGGUGGACGUUUACAUCAACCACACGCUGACGAGCUCUGCCAGGACAGAGGAGACGGGGGAGGUUCUCCUGUGGGUGUCCUACAGUCCAGGCCUCAGCCUCACUCUGCUGGGCAUGAUGGAAGGCUACAUCCCCAGCCCCCUGCCUUGGAGCACGACCAGGAGGCCCAUUUUUUCGGCUGUGACGAUACCGCUGCUCCCUCACAGCCAGGGCAACAUCUGGCUGUUUGAAGACUCUGUCGUCAUCACCGGGAAGUUACCAGAUAGCUCAUCCCAACCCAGAGUUAAAUUCCCCAAGAACCUCCUCAUGGUCUCUGAUAAGGCCAAUGUCUCCUCAGUGACUGCAUACCUGACUGUACCACAGCGCCACCUAGCGAAAGAUUGUGUCAACUGCACCCCAGGGGUCAUCAGCAACAAAUCAGUGUACAGAAGCAUUGAGCUGAAGGCAGUGGCGGCCAUCGACGUCUUGCUCUACUCCAAUGGUGAAGCACUGCAGAUUCGUGGACCCAUCCAGAUCAGCCUGCCUCUGGGACACAGCACCCACCUGAGAGCCUCUGAUACUGUACCAGCCUGGGCCUUUAACCUCAAGACUGGUGCAUGGGAGAACCAGGGUCUGGGGGUCGUCAAAGCCGUUGGGAACAACCUGAUUUGGACCUACACAGCCUCCCAUCUGGGCUACUGGCUCGCUGCCCCCCUGCCCUCUCCAAAUGAUUACAUGGGACAUGGUAGCUCUCUGGAAUUCCUGUCAUACCACACCUACCUGCUGUUGGGAAUUCUGGCCGGAACGCUGGCUAUAGUCAUCGGGUUUCUGUCGGUACUGCUGUGUCACUGCAAAGGUUCGCAUCGAGAGCCCAGGAGAAGGAGGGCUCGCUUCUCCAAACUCACUGUGGUGAAGAAAGACCAAACCACCUCCACCCACAUGGAAGAGGGUCUGCUGUUCCGCUCCGGAGAAAACAGCCUUGCUUCGUGCAGUGUCCAAUGUGAGCCCUUGUCCACUCCGAGACACAAAACUAACUACAACAUCUACGUGGAAGACCCGGGGAGUCGCCCGGCAGCUCCUCUUUACGAGAACAUCGCUUCAGAUAGGAUGAAAGGUUCUCAGCCGCUGCCGCCUCAUUACAUCAACAGCGAAGAAGUGGCUCGGCUUCGGGAGAAGACGGAGCAGAAUCGGGCCAAUAUGAACUCUGAAAACUUCUUCCAAGAUAAGCUCGUUCAUCUCUAUAACCAGCCGGUGGCCAUUAUUCAGGCUCCGGAGCUUUUCAGUUCUCAGGAGCAGCAAUUAAAGUCUGCGACGUUUCCCCGCAAUGGAGUUGAGUAUGAUGGUCACUCUGAACCUGCAAGCAAAGACAGCUACACCCAGACACUACCCAAAGUUCCACAUCACCACUCCCAAGGUGGAAGCAGCCCACAGCAGAGCAACCAAGAUGACCCCCAGCCCCUAGAGAUUCCUCUACAGGGUCAGGGCCCUAAUGCCGUUUGGGGUCGCUACAGUAACCUCCUGGAAUCCUCUGUCUCGGUGCCUGGGACCUUAAACGAGGCAGCAGGUAUGGAGGCCUUCAGUGGUGGGCACGGUGUGCCCGGCGAGCUCCAGGGGAUUUCAGAGCGCACAUUGUUGGAGUUGACCCGAGGCAAGUCCUCCUCAUCCCAUCCGAGGGCCUGGUUUGUCUCACUAGAUGGAAAACCAGCAGCACAAGUACGCCACUCCAUCAUUGAGCUCCAAACCCGCCACCGCCCACCCAGCAGCAACGACACCAGCCUGGACUCAGGAGUGGACAUGAACGAGCCUCAGCAGAACAUCCGCGAGGCAGAGCGUGACCGGCCUUCGAUCAGGGCCUCCUCCUUGCCGCACCACAGCCGAGGAGGAGGACGCUACGGCGAAGAGCAGGACCUGAGCAGCAGUGAAAGCGGCAAUACAGCGACCUGCACGCCAGAAGAUCCUUCCCUGAGGAACAUUUUAGACGGGAGUAGUGGAGCUAUUCCCAAUAUUCCUGAAGAGAGAGAUGGCAUGGAUACAUCUAGCGCUCAGGAGGACAGCGAAUCCCGAGGUACGCCACCUCCACGGCGCCUGAGGAAGGUGAGGGAGAAAGGGAAGACAGACAAGAGGAGUACGAAGCAUGUGCGUGAGGGAAGACCUCUGACGAAGAGAAGUUAGAGCAUAGCUUUCUGCAAACAUUAAGACAAGCAUUGUACUUCAUCAGUGCUUAAUUUAAAUUACUCUAAGUGACACGUGGAAAUGAUGUUCAGGUUUUCAUAAAAGCAGGAAACACGGUACACUCGUACAGGUUUUGGCCUGGAACAUGUUGCAAAAAUGCUUUGUGGUCAAGAGGCAACAACCACAGCUUGAAAAUUAAGCUAACCCCAGUCUUAGAUGUCAAUGCUAAUUCAUUACAAAACAAUAAAGUAGAUGCUAGUUCCAAUUCACUUAUACUGAACUGUUUUUUCCGCUAAUACGAUUUUAUUCUACUCUCUUACUCUAGUUUUGAUUUAGAAAUUACACUUAUAAGACCACUGAAUGAGUUUGUUACACAUAAAUAACAAAGUUUACUGCUUUAUCGUGUUAGAUGACGCUCUCGCUCUGACUUCAACCCCAGCUUAUGAUUCCUAAAAGCCAAGCUGGCAACACCAAAUGCUUCUAAAUGGACAUCCAGAAGUCCAUGGCUGUUAGAAGAGGUGAUGUCUACCCUUAUUAUGAAAGUCAAAACACAGUAUCUGUUUGUGCACAAUCACAGAAUUCACCAUUAACUCUUCACCUGAACAGUGUAUGAUGAUGUUGUAAUCCCAUUCACCUAUUCUGUGUCAUGGUUGGCUCAGGAAAUAUAAUGCACAAGAAAUAAUUCCGUUACAAUGGGAGGUGACAUUGGCUUCACAGCUCAUAGGUGUUUUUGCGACAGUUCCAUUUUGGAAAUGUUCACGGCCUAAAACUAUACAAAGUUUCAUGUUUUUAUGAAAAAACCACCAUCGUGUGACAUUCAGCACAUAUCACCUGGAGUUUCCCAUGAACCAUUUCACCAUAAUGAGCUACCGUCAUCACAUCAGUACUUCAUGAUUUGUUGGUCCAAAUUAGUUUUCACUUGUGCUCACACAGGCAUUGUUGUUGUUGAUUUACAUGAUUGUACAACUCUGCCAAAGAAUGCAUAAGCUAGCUCAAGAAAUAACGCAGGAUAUAUGUCACAUUUAAACAUCAUUUGCUGCUGUUAAGACAAGUUUGUGCACCAUGUUAUCUCAUUGUCCCAAAUCUGAAGAUCACCAGCGAGAUUCUUCACAGCAAAAUGUCCGUGUGAACACGUCCCAUGGUCCCCAGUGCUGGCAUUACUAGAGGGUGCCUUCGUUCUGCCUGUAAUCAUUCCAUAUGAUUAUACAAGGCACGCUAUCUGUCUACAUUUAGUCAAAUCUGGUGAGCUUGCAAGACAGACACAGAUACAGGUCUAUGUGUAGUGCACUUAUCCUCACCGUAAAUGCCUGCUGUAAAUUAAUAAGAUGUUGAAGCCUUUCCCAGUUUGCAGACCAUGCUGCUUCAUUAAACUUAAAAACAGACUCGGGGCUUCAUGUUAUUAUUGGGAAAUUAAAGUACUUAACUCAAGACACGAAAUGCUCCUUCAUAUUAUUUAGCUGUUGUUCUUGAUUUAGCUUCAACUGUCCAAACGCAAUAAAGCAUUAUGCAAAAGCUAGACAGAAUUUCACGUCAUUAUGUAAUAAAGCUCACAUUUUGUGAUGAUUAGGCACAGCCUGAAUGCAGUAUCCCUGCAAUAAAUAAAAAGUGUAAAUGAGCUUUUCCAGGUCUAACUCCUGAAUUUGGCAAUAUGUGCAAGAUAAAGCUAAUCCUGCUUCAUGUUUACAUGUGGUUAUUUAGACUAAGAUCAAGGUGAUUUUAAGAUUUGGCUAAUUUCAUUAAGAGGACAUUAUUUAGGUUGGUUAUGACACAGUAUUAUUGCAUUUUCAUCCAAUAAACGCCAGAUUUCACUUUUUUAAACAGCUGUAGCGUGUAAUAGUUUAUUACAAAAUGUGAGGAAAGAUUACAUACAUAAAAUGUGAUUUUUAGUCAAUGUUGUAAACGCUGGUUACAUUAUGUCCAGUUAUUGCAUAAUGCACUGUUUUAACAUAUUGGCGCAUUGUUUCUUACUAUGGAGUAAAACGCGAUGUAUAUGUAAAACUGAGCUGCCAUUUUGAAGUUCUUUCACCUGAUAUUCAAGGUUUUAAGCCUACAGUUGUUUUAGAAUGCAUGAAAAUGAAUGUUUCUUUGUGUGUAUGACCAUAGAUUGAAUUAGCGCUAACGUCAUGUUGUCAUAUUGUUCGUUGAAUUAUUUCACUGUCAAGUGUCGAGGAGGCUUUGUUGUUAUACGAAAUAUUACUCUUACAUCAAGAUUUUUCGAGUAUUGUCAACAUAAAAUACAAAUCACAAAUUAAUCCCAAUAAACACUAUCUGGAAACAAAUACUUUUGCACUACAAUAAAAGUAUGAUAGAGACAUUAAUAUGUAUUUUAGAUUUGAUAUUUACAUGAUUGUGUGUUAACGUGACAUUUGUGUUGGAGUCUUGUGCUGGGAGCUUUUCUGAUGAUAGCAAACAUUAGCUUAUAUUGCACAUUGUUGCAGUUGUAGAGGAGCAGAAGAAGGGUGCUAGGUGCAUUUCCAGAAAUGUAUUUAAUGCACAUUUUGUGUUGGAAUAUGUUUAUGGACGGAGCAAAAUUUAAGAAACCUUCCCAAAUUUGGUUCACGUAAGGUAGUUUUUGCCUUUUUUUCCCACACAAGAGUAAAUACAAAUGGAAGAAAUGGAAACACUUUUUGAAUAAAUUCUGACUCAGCAAACAUUUAACUCACAUGACUGAUCAGCUAACUGUUCGGCUGUUUGGUUCACUUUCUUGUUUUUGUGAUUUUUCAUAUUCGUUUGAUGAACCAUAAACCCUUCUAGUCUUCUACAGAGAACUCAGUGUACAGAUGUAAUAACUGAGACACUUGUUAGCUUCGAAAUAGAGUCAGCUGAAGUCAGAAAAGAGACAUUUUCCAGCUCAAAAUGGAUUCCAACACAAACUUUAAGCACACAACCAUGCACAAAUCUUUCACACUAAACCUCUGGUUAUACUGGGCAGGUCAUGUCACUUCUUUUGCCUGAAUUGAAGGGUGCAAUUAAAUUUGAUACUGCGCAACUACACAGUAACAAUUGUUCUCUAUCAUACAGUAUUAUCACUUGCUUUUCUUUUCUUUACAACAUUAUUUGGUGCCUUGGAAAUUUGCUGUCACCACCUAUAUCGCUAACUUGCUAUUACCAAUAACAACGACAUUAAACUGAAAUAUUGACUUUAUAUGCUUGAGAAGAAUUGUAACAGGUUUUUAAAUGAGAAAUUAGAUUAGCGUCGCAAUGUAGUUUUUUUCUCGUUUCACCCGUUUUUGUACGACACCAAAAUAAAAUAUGGUCGCAUCUAUCGGUCCUCUACAGCACAUCGAACAUUUAGCACUGGGUUGAAUGUCAACAAGGUGAAAUACUAAAGACUGAAGUCAUUCUCAUCAAUGAUCAAUUUUGGUAAAACACCUGUACCAGAAUCUGGGUCCACUAGCAAUAUGUACCGCCAUGUUCAAUCUGAAAUGGAAUUUUGCAACAACAAUUUUGCCAUAUUUAGUCUUCCAUCUUGGUACUACUGUUAAAUUUCAUAUGUACCUUUGUAUGUCUGAAGCUUGAUCUUGUAGCUCCAAGCAUUUGUAUUAUUUUGUGUAAAUAUAGACAAGCAGCCUUUUUGUAUUUUGUGACUGUGCUUUAAUUGUGCUGUUUUUCUUCCAUCUGAAAGGAAAGUUCGUUUAGGUACAAAUAUGUCAAUAACUGAAUGACAUAGUUUGUUUUGUUUUUUUUUAGCAGGUGCCAUAUGUUUAAUCUGUAUGAAUCUUUUCACGAGCUUAAUGAGUGAGUCUCUUUAAUGGGAGAGUACAAGAACAACUGCAGUUUUUAAUGUAGCAACGAGUUUAGCACUUAAUCAUUCAUCACGCUUACAAAGGAGGACACCUUCUCACUAGUCAUCGGCUUGAAAACAGGUAUACUUGAGUUACAACAGCAACACAAGGAGUAGUUUAUGAACACGACCCUACUGCCACUCCCGUUUUAAAGUGAUUCUCGCUGAAUGUAUUUGUGUUGAUUUCAAUGUGUUCUAUAGUGUGCUCCUCUUGUGUCUAGCCAUUGAACUUCAUGGACUUUGUUUCUUCCAAAGUGGGCACCUCUUGUGUUGACCUCUGUAAUAAUGGUAGUGUUACUAGUCUUGCCUUUUUGUGCACUAAAUUAAUAAACUUACUUGAUACUGA